AUGCGUCUUCCAUAUGUUGCAGACCCUCCAGCAACUAGCACACCAGACGAAGCCAGAAUCCUAGCCAGCGUCCAAGCUCGCCGAGCCCCAAACCCGCUCCUCCCCCUCGACCUAGCCCUCCUGCACUCCUACCCGGUCACAGAAGGCUGGAACUCAUUUAUUGGCGCAAUCCGCACCCGGACCACCCUCACAACUGUCGUCCGCGAACUAGCCAUCUGCCGUGUCGCAGUGGUCAACGGCGCCCUGUUCGAGUGGGAACAACAUGCACCUCUGCUUACGGAAGGUGGGUUGAGCGCAGAGGCGUUGGAGUUUAUUGGGGAUGCUCAGGCAGACUUCUCGAAUGAUGCUGCAUUGUCUGUCUUGAGUGCUGACCAGAGGGCUGUGCUGAAGUAUACCGAUGCCAUGACGAAGACGGUGGCGGUGCCUGAUGAAGUUUUUGCGGAGCUGAAGGGGUCCUUUGAUGAACGGGAGGUUGUUGAGAUUACCGCUACGAUUGCGGCUUAUAAUUGUGUUAGUCGCUUUUUGGUGGCUUUGGAUGUUGGCGAGAAGAACCACCUGCACUGA